GUCUAUUUGUCUAAGUUUCCGAUAGCGUCCAAAAUGGCCGAAUGAGUCAGUCGUUCAACAGUUAGUUCGUUAAAUUCGUAAUUAAGCUAAGACUAUUUCUUGAAUCUUUGUAGAAUUUUGGAAAGUGAUCUUUUUAGACAAUUUCUUUAUAGAUACUACGUGCGUUUACACACUACGGUAACUUGUUUUAAAAUGUUUGAAUUGCACGAGUCAUCCGACAAAGAUGAACUAGCGGAGAAAAUAGACAAGAUCAUAUCCGACAUCGAAGAAAAUAAUCACGAAGAAAAUGUAAUUAGUGAUGACGACGUCACCAUCGUGCUUAGCCAGACAGACGACGACAAGUCGAUUUCCGAAGAAAACGCGUCUAACAAAAAAAGAAGCCCUUCAGUAAUUUCUGAUCAAAGUCACAAAUCAAGUAACAUGAGUCAAUCAAGUAACAAAAGCAAAAGUAAAAGUAAAAGUAGAAGAGGUUUUAAUUUAAAGAAAAAGUUGAGUAAAGAAUCUGAAAAUGUGUCACAAGUAAAAUCGGUGGUGGAUGAAAAACAAAAUGGUUCUCCUGGUAAAACUAAAACACCUUCCGAAGAAGAAGUUGAAAAAGUCAAGUUGCCAAAUGAUUCUGGAGUUAAGGUUGUUCGACGAGGUCGCAAAGUAAUCACACCGAAGAUCAAUUCUAUUACUUCACCACCAAAACAACCUACAUCAGGAUCACUUUCUCUACCAGACGUAUACAAAUCUGUGGCCUCAUCAUUCUCCUCUUCAGCCAUGGAAAAGCCCGGUGAAGAAACGACAUUAAAGAAACGAGGUCGCCGAGCUGCUGCAACGCCACAUUCAUCACAGAAGAAUAAUGAAGAAUUGGUUGGCGAGAAAGAAGAAGAAGAAGAGUUGGAAGGACCAGCAAAGUUCAAGAAGUAUAAAAACAUGACAGAUAGAAUGAGGUCAGUUUGUGUCCUUGUAGAACGGCUGAGUCCCCUGAUUGUUUCUCAAGCACGAGUUGCCAAUCAGAAAUCGUCGAGUGAAGUAAAAGAGGCAAGCGAAAAAUCGGCAGUUCCAGACGAUCCUCUGGCGGAAGAAGAAAUACCUGAAGAGGAGCUGAUUCUUUCUAUGGAUGAAGUCGAUGACGACGAACCAGAGGUUUUGUCUUCUCGUAAACGAGAAAUGGAAUCGGUGGAUGAAGGGUCAGAAGAGAAAAGACCUCGUGUCGAAAAAAAUGACACAGCUACACUAAUCGUAAUUGCUUUUCCUGUUACCUCCGUCACAGCAUUGAUCGAGGAAAAUUCUCCGACUGACGCUGUCAACCCACAGAUCACAGCAGAGGAAAAGUUGGUGACAACACCUCGCCAAGGUCGAGGACGCCGAGGUCGUCCACGCAAGUCGAUUACUCCGGUACUAACCAAACAAAUUGCCUCAAAAGAAGAUGACGUGACUGUGGUUGCCGACCCGGAAUCGAAGAAAACUAUUCCGGCUAAAUCCAAACCUAAACUCCAUUCCGAAAGUUCCAACGAGCUGGCCGAAGAUUCUGUAGAAGAAGCAGUGGGAGUAAAUGAAGCUACUAAGCAAGAUACCCAAUCUAAAAAAGAAUCUCCGAUUGAGGAUACUCCAUCCAAAUUGACAUCGAAACGUGGUCGAGGCCGUCCAUCAAAUACUUCUCCCAGAAUUGUCUUGACCAACAUUUUGACUCGUCGAAAUUCAAACACAAGUAGUGUCAUUCCUUCAAAGAAAAUUCGUCUUUCCGAUGAAAUAUCCAUCACAUCUGCUGUUGAAUCACGUGGUGAUGUCGAAAAUUCAGAAAAAGGAAACGUCACCAACAGUGUCCAGAAGAAAGACGUGAAAUCAGGAGCUCGACGUGGUCGUCCAGCCAAGGCAUCCAUUUCACCAAAACCGACUAUUGAGAAAUCCCCAGUUACAGUCGCAACCCGUUCGACCAGGACAACUACAACAUUAACACACUUGGAAAGAAGAAUUAAGUGUUGCUACGUAUUGUUGGAACGCGAUCCUGAGGUUGAAGCCUUGCGCAUUGCAAUGAUCAACUCCAAAGGAAAGAGGAAAAAGGUGGCUGCUGCAGCAUCUAAAGUUGAAAUUCCAGAUGCUGCCAGAGUAACUCGUGGAAUGCAGAAAUUUGCUGAACCAGAUUCAAAGAAAAUUUCACCUUCAUUUCCUCGUCGUAAACGUCAAAUUUAAGUGACGAAACGUCAAUUUGUUUGUUUCCCCCCAUUUUUGUUCACAUUAUAUUCCACUCGUGUCAUUUCAAUUUCCUUUUCGGUUUAAUUUACCACCACUUUCUUUUUUUCCCUCGUUAAAAUGCAGCUUAAAAUGGUUCAGUUUUUUUGUUUGUUAAAUUUAAUCCCAUGUUCGGCAUCUAUCAACACGAUCUAUUAUAGGUUAGUUGACAAGCAGUAGCGCAGUGUUAUUAUGACUUUGUCUUAAAUUCAAAAUUCAGAGACACACUUCAAGUGUUAAUACAAAGUUCAAACGGGAA